CAGUGACGAGAGACUCGAGAAAGGAGUGUUUAGUUUCACAUUUGCAGUAACAGGGCUUUAAAACGAAAGCACGACGAACAAAGCAAACGGAUUUCUUUAGCGUCUUUUUACUGGGCAAAUAUACACCUUUAAGCGGAGAUGCUUUUGUGUGUGACUCUGCCGAUUCUCUUCAACGUUAUGGAAUCUAAAGCAGAGCUAUUACAGGUGGUUGGUUCCGAAGCUCCUCUUAUUGCUGUAGCUGGUGAAGACUUGGUUCUGCCUUGUUUUAUCAAAGCCAAAACCAGUGCUGUGGACAUGACAGUGGAGUGGUAUAAACUAGACAAAGAAAACUCUUUGGUGCAUCUCUAUAAGGAUCAUGACGACGUUAAUGAAAAUCAGGCUCAGACAUACAGAGGAAGAACUUCAGUUUUUAAAGAGGAGCUACAGAAGGGCAACACUUCACUCAAACUCUCAGCUCUCAGAGUCUCUGAUGAAGGAGAGUACAAGUGUUUAGUUGAGAAUAAAUCCAUGUCCAAUGAGAUCACUGUUCAUGUCAUUGUUGAGGUUCAGGGAAGCCAGCCAGUGAUUACAUUGGAGAGUUAUGAUAACUCAGGAGGGAUAAAUUUAGUGUGUGAAUCCAGAGGCUGGAAACCUGAACCUGAGGUUCUGUGGCUGGACAGAAAAGGAGUCACUCUGCCUGCUGAAGACACACAGAUACACAGAGAGACUGAGGGCUUCAGUGUGAAACGUCACAUCACUGUUUACGAUUAUAGCGACUCCAACAGAUUCUACUGCAGACUUCUUCAAAAACAUCACAUGAUGGAGACAGAGAUUAUUAUUAAUAGUCCAUUCUUUUCUUCUGGGAAGUGGAUUGUGGGCAUUUUAGUUUCAUCAUGUCUUAUUGCUGCUGGAUUGAUAUUAAUCUCAGUUGUACUUUGCAACAAAGAUAUUCAAAGGGUGAAACAAAUUGCAGAUCAGCAGAGGCAGAGGGAGAAAGAUGAGUUCAUUAAGAGGAGAAAGAAGUUUGCAGAGGUUGUGAUUUUGGAUCCUGAUACAGCUCAUGCUAAACUCAUCCUGUCUGACGAUGGAAAACAAGUGAUACUUGGAGACACACAACAGAAUCUUCCUGAUUCAACCCUCAGAUUUGAUUAUCCCUCUGUUCUGGGCAAGCAGAGUUUCAGCUCAGGGAGAUUUUAUUAUGAGGUGGAAGUAGGAAAUAAAACUGAAUGGACAUUGGGAGUUGCAAAUGAGAACAUUGAUAGAAAAAAUUGGCGUGAUCGGAAUCCAGAAAGUGGAUUCUGGACCAUAACACUAAGGAAUGUAAUUGGAUAUAGGGCUAAUGCUGAUCCCCCUGUCCGCCUCACACUGAGAGGGAAGUUGGAGAAGGUGGGGGUGUUUGUGGAUUAUGAGGAGGGUCUGGUCUGUUUUUAUAAUGCUGACUCCAGCUCUCUUAUCUAUUCUUUUACUGAACCGACUUUUACUGAGAAACUCUAUCCAUACUUCAGUCCUAGGUUCAAUGAAGGAGAUCAGAAUAAAGAGCCAAUGAUCAUCACUGAUGUUACUAAAUAAAAAUCCACUUUACAUUCUUUAAAAUGUUUAAUUAUGUAUCAGCUAAUGAUCUCUUACUAGUACAUAUUUAAGCAGUUAUAAAAGUAACACAUACUCUUGUAAUAUGCUUUGUGUCCUAUUUUAGCAGAUUAAAGCCAUUACAAGAUUUCUAGAAUUUAUAUAAUGUAGCAUCUGGCACAGGUCAUUUAGAUUUUAUGUCCCAGGCAUUCCUUUUAACCAAUGACAUCUACAUCUCAAUCAAAAGGUGAAACGUUUAUGUGGUGUAUCCCACAGUGUCACACUCCACCUCCGAAGACACUAAACAGGACCAACCACUGAACUCUUGUUGGCCUCACAGGGAACAACCAUAAAACAAUCCAAACUCGAAACUCGCUCCAAUAUGACUGUUUGUGACACACACACACACACACACACACACACACACACACACACAAUGCACAACACAAUGGGGCACUCUUUUACUAAUCAAACAAAUAAAUAAGAGGUUCCACAUUCAACGACAUUAACCUAUACCCUGUAUGUAUGUCCUCCCCAUUCAUAGUGGUACUCUAAAAGUCUUAUUCUUGUAACCCUGUUUUAAUGUUGUCUCUUCCUUUUGAUUUCAAAGUUGAUUUAACAUUAUCUUCGCUUUAUUCUUUCUUU